CUGAGACAAUCCCAGUCAUACUGCACAGACACAGAAUGCCUUCAGGAACUGCCAGGACCAAAUUCCUCCAGUGACAAUGGCAUCAGCUUUGCCAUGAUAAUGAUGGCCUGGGUGGUGAUUGCACUUGUCUUGUUCUUACUGAGACCUAGUAAUCUGAGAGGAUCCAACACAGCCGGAAAGCCAACCAGCCCACAUAACGGACAAGAACCACCAGCCCCACCAGUGGACUAG